CAGGGAGGGGGAGAGAGGAAAAAAAGAGCCCAACAACAGACAGGGCUCUGCUUACACCAUGAGAAGGGGAGCUCUUGGCUGCAUUGUGGGCUCGCCCAACAUUCAGCUGAGGAUUUCUUGCUGUGUCUUAGCUCUUGCCGGAGGUCAUGCAAAUCGACCUUAAAAGAAUGCAUAAGCCAUAAAUUAAAAUAAACCCCGAAGCCACGGGCUGAUCCAUUAGCAGACAAUACCUAACCUGGACAAAACGGCUUCCUUUGCGAGCUGGACGAAAAGAGUAGUGCAGGAGUAAAUGCAAAGUCAGUUUCAUGAAUUCAAAAGACAUUUACCAGUGAUUUCUGGGUGACGGGGUUGUGUAUUUGCCCACUGGCUGUUGUCUUGCUGGCUCCUUCUCUGAUGACAACUAUCACAGCAUCCUGCUAGAACACAGAGUCAGCCUGUGACGGGGCCAGAAGAAUGUCUUCCAAGCAGGCCACCUCUCCAUUUGCAGCUGAUGGAGAGGAACCACCAACCCAGGACUUAACAUCACAGGAACAAGAAGAAGGCAACAAUGAAGAGCUGGUGGCUUCACAUCUGCCUCUGCACACCAUAUUGCACAACAAACCUCACUCCGAGGAGCUACCGACGCUAGUCACUACAAUCCAACAAGACGCUGACUGGAACAGUGUUAUCUCAACCCAGCAUAGAAUGGAGUCAGAAAGUAAUAAGUUAUGUUCCUUAUAUUCCUUCCGAAAUACUUCUACCUCACCACAUAAGCCCGAAGAAGGAGGUCGCGACCGCAGUGACCUAAUGACCAGUGUUAAUUUUGGAACUCCAGAACGCCGCAAAGGAAGCCUUGCCGAUGUGGUGGACACACUGAAACAGAAGAAGCUAGAGGAAAUGACCAGAACUGAACAGGAGGAUUCAUCUUGCAUGGAAAAGCUACUUUCUAAAGACUGGAAGGAGAAAAUGGAAAGAUUAAACUCAAGUGAACUCCUUGGAGAAAUCAAAGGUACACCUGAAAGCUUAGCGGAAAAAGAACGACAGCUCUCUACCAUGAUCACCCAGCUCAUCAGUUUACGGGAGCAGCUACUGGCUGCCCAUGAUGAGCAAAAAAAACUGGCAGCGUCACAGAUCGAAAAACAAAGACAGCAAAUGGACCUUGCUCGCCAACAGCAAGAGCAAAUUGCAAGACAACAGCAGCAACUUCUGCAACAGCAGCACAAAAUCAAUCUACUGCAGCAGCAAAUUCAGCAGGUUCAGGGUCACAUGCCUCCGCUCAUGAUCCCAAUUUUUCCACACGACCAGCGGACGUUGGCAGCGGCCGCCGCAGCCCAGCAGGGUUUCCUCUUCCCCCCAGGAAUAACUUAUAAACCAGGUGAUAACUAUCCUGUGCAGUUCAUUCCGUCAACAAUGGCAGCUGCUGCUGCUUCUGGACUCAGCCCUUUACAGCUCCAGCAACUCUAUGCAGCUCAGUUGGCCAGCAUGCAGGUUUCACCUGGAGCCAAGAUGCCCUCUACCCCUCAGCCACCAAACACAACAGGGGCACUUUCACCUACCGGGAUGAAAAAUGAAAAGAGAGGGACCAGUCCUUUAACUCAACUUAAGGAUGAUGCUGCACAGCCACUGAAUCUUUCAGCCCGACCCAAGACAGCUGAACCUGUCAAAUCCCCGACGUCACCAACACAGAACCUAUUCCCUACUAGUAAAUCAAGCCCAGUGAAUGUGGCUAAUAAAAGUGGACUCCCCAGCCCUAUUGGUGCAGCUCUGGGAAGAGGAUCUUCUCUAGACAUCCUUUCUAGUCUUAACUCACCUGCCCUAUUUGGGGACCAGGAUACAGUAAUGAAAGCCAUUCAAGAGGCACGAAAAAUGAGAGAGCAGAUACAGAGGGAGCAGCAGCAUCAACCACAUGGCAUUGAUGGGAAACUUCCCUCCAUGAACAACAUGGGUUUAAACAACUGUAGAACCGAAAAGCAGGAAAGAACACAUUUUGAAAACUUAGGCCCACAGUUAUCAGGGAAGCCCAAUGAAGAUGGAAAACUGGGCCCAGGAGUUAUUGACCUUACAAGGCCAGAAGAUGCAGAGGGAAGUAAAGCAAUGAAUGGCUCUGCAGCUAAACUACAGCAGUAUUAUUGUUGGCCAACAGGAGGCGCCACUGUGGCUGAAGCUCGAGUCUACAGGGAUGCCAGGGGCCGAAGUAGCAGUGAGCCACAUAUCAAACGACCAAUGAAUGCUUUCAUGGUUUGGGCAAAGGAUGAACGCAGAAAAAUUCUCCAGGCGUUCCCUGACAUGCAUAACUCUAAUAUUAGCAAAAUCCUUGGCUCCCGAUGGAAAUCCAUGUCUAACCAAGAGAAACAACCUUACUAUGAAGAGCAAGCACGGCUAAGUAAAAUCCAUCUAGAGAAGUACCCUAAUUACAAAUAUAAACCUCGACCAAAACGCACAUGUAUUGUUGAUGGCAAGAAACUGCGUAUUGGAGAAUACAAACAACUGAUGAGAUCUCGAAGACAGGAGAUGAGGCAAUUUUUCACUGUAGGGCAACAGCCUCAGAUUCCAAUCACCACGGGAACAGGUGUGGUCUACCCUGGUGCUAUUACUAUGGCAACUACUACACCAUCACCUCAGAUGACGUCCGAUUGCUCCAGCACCUCUGCUAGCCCUGAGCCCAGCAUCCCUGUCAUUCAAAGCACUUAUGGCAUGAAGACAGACAGUGGGAGCCUUGCUGGAAACGAAAUGAUAAACGGGGAGGACGAGAUGGAAAUGUAUGAGGACUUUGAAGACGACCCCAAAUCAGACUAUAGCAGUGAAAAUGAAGCCCAUGAGGCUGUUACUGCCAACUGA